CCCGUGUAGCUCCAACAAAGGCUGAAGGAAAAAAACUCAGUAUAUUAAACUUGUUGCUGCAGACUCGCGAAAUAACUGAAGUAUUGCAAGGUAAUAAGUAAACACACAGGAAGAAGAAGCACCCAGCUUAAAAUGGAAAGCAAAUUCUACUAAAAGAUAACUCCAUUUGUAAGCAUUAUUAAAAUCAUCCCAUGGAAGAUCGGAAUUUCUGCUAAAGGACGCAUCUUAAAAACAUGUGCAUCAAAACUGAACGAUCUGGAUGAGAGAAAAAGAACACAAUAUCAAGUCAAGUGGGAAUGCGUAGUCACGUUUUGGUAACCCUGAUGGAUUUUCACCUUUGGGCACUAACCAUUUUAUCUUUCAAAAACGUGAGAAUUAUUUUACUUUAGCAAAGCCCGUAAUUUGACGGCAUGCGCUUCGAUUAGAAAAUUAAAAAAUUGCCCCCGUUUUCGGCCCCUUUGAAACAAAGGACCAGCAUAUAUACGGCUCACGUAACAGUGACCAUUUUGGUCCAUAUAGAGCGCUUAGGUUUGCCUUGUACUAGGCAUGCUUAACCCUUUACGGUAACCUCUGGAGUACACAGCAGACAGCUUUCCCCGGCGUCAAUAUGCUGUCUCAUUACUACGAAGCUUGCCUACCUAGUACUUCACAAGCUUAAGACUGCAUCUUGACUUACGCCAGAGUCUCAACUCCGUUUUUUUUUCUCUUCAUAUUGCAAGCCAGGAAAGGAAAUUGUAUUACAUUAUGUAGUCCUGCCGUUAUGUAAGCUUCGAGUUUGGAAGCCACAGUGUCACCUCCGUUACUCACGUGCAGUGGGAUCAGAACCUGGGACCCUCAGCUCUGGAGCAUUCACCGGACCUAAGUAUUUAAUGAAAGGCUGGAGCCCAGGGCCAAAGUACUGCUUGGCCGCUUGCAGCUCCCCCGCUCCAUCUCCCCCUCUAGCGUUUGAACGCAGUUCAGCAGCGUGUGUGAUCGUUUGCAGAUGAAAGAACAGGGAAGCAGCAGCAGCAGUGGGUAUCAUUGCGGUUCAGGAAGCUUUGCAAUCACCUAAAAAUUAAAACGACGUUAAAACCUCAAUGACGGGAUAAAAGAAGACGCGGGAGAGAGAACAACAACAGUUCCUUACUAGACUGCAUGCGUGUUUGGGUCUGCAGGAACAUUCUUGUCUUUUAUAAAUGCUAUUAGGUCCUGGCGAUCAACAGUGAAGAGGAGCAGCAGGUGCAACAGCUUUUGCAUAAUGAUUUAAUCCUUAUGUAUGUCCAGCCAAGUCCCUCUUGGACUGAUCUACAGGAUGUCCAGCAGAUCUUUGGGGAUGGUGUUUGCUGCAGUCUUGAGUUCAGUUCUGUUAACGUGCUGUCUAGUGUUAUCCCUCUGUAUUCCUACAUCUCCACAGCAGAAAAUGAGUGAAACAGUGAAGGAAAAGCAGGAGGUACAAACUGAAGAAAGACUAGUUCAGAUUGGAAGGUUUAGUGAAAUGAGUCAAGAAAAACUGACUGAAGUAAGCAGGAAUGGGAAAGAUGAUGACUCCAAAGACUUGAAUAAUAAAGGAAGUAAGAACUUGAGCAAUAAAGACUCUUGGAAUAAACACAUAUCACUGAUAGGUAACCAAGACAUAUUUAACAGUGUUGGAAAUGUUAAUGUUGAAGAACAAAGAGAUGGAACUGUGGACACAGUGGAAACACCUGUGGUGGAAACUAAUGGUACUCCUGAUUCCCCAGAUGAGUAUGUGUACCCAGACUACCGUGGGAAAGGAUGUGUGGAUGAAACGGGUUUUGUUUAUGCCAUUGGAGAUAAGUUUACUCCUGGUCCCUCUGCUUGCCCUUGUCUUUGCACUGAGGAGGGACCUUUGUGUUCCAAACCCGAGUGCCCCAAACUGCACCCCCGUUGUAUCCGUGUGGAUACCACUCAGUGCUGUCCUCAGUGCAAGGAAAAGAAGACUUUUUGUGAGUUCAGAGGGAAAACGUACAGACCACUGGAGGAAUUCAUGGUAUCCCCUUGUGAAAAGUGCCGUUGUGAGUCCAAUGGUGAGGUAUUGUGUACCGUGUCAGCAUGUCCACAGACUGAAUGUGUUGACCCAGCCUAUGAACCUGAUCAGUGCUGCCCCAUCUGCAAACAUGGGCCAAACUGUUUUGCAGAAACAGCAAUUAUUCCAGCUGGAAGGGAAGUUAAAAUUGACGACUGCACUACAUGCCACUGUAUCUAUGAAGAAGGCACCUGGAGAAUUGAAAGCCAAGCCACAUGCGCUAAACAUGACUGCAAGCAAAUUUAAACUUAUAAGAAGUGGCAAUAAGUGAGAUAGCUACCAAAUGUUCCAGCUUUGGGAGCCACGCUGGCCCCUUUCAAAUAUGUACUGUAUAUAUUAAAUUAUAUUGAAAAAGAAAUGUUGCACAGUGCUGAUACAUAAAAUUACAGUUUUGAUGUAAAUUAUGUAUUUUUUAGUAUUCUAAGUAUAUUGUGAAUCAGAAUUAUUCAUGUUAGAAAGAAGGUACAGCUGUGUGAGAGCUUGUCUUAAAAGUAGAUUUUACAAUAAAAUCCAUUACAGCAAUUAGCACUGUUGGACCUAAGUUGAUACCAGGUAUAUGAACUGUAAAGAAACUUCUCACUGCACCAGUUUAUAGAAGUUUAACACAACUAAUAUUAAAAUAUUUUGAUACUGGUAGAUGA